AUGUGUCUCGGAAUCAUCUUCAACGACACACCCACCUCACACACAAACGCGCACUUAGGCACAUGCCGAUACGCACAUGCUGAUACAUUGUCCGAGACGGAAAUAGCCGCCAAUCAGAUGCUCUCAAAUGGCUUCACCGCAUUUUUCAACACAGACGGCACCUACGUUAUGAACGCUGAAGGCCUGCCGCUAUUCCGUCACCCAGAUGGCAGCGUGGCUACUGUCUAUGGCGAGACUUUACCCUCCGGAUCCUCCGCAUUCGACAGCACUGGGCUACCCAUUGCAGCGGUUGACGCCAAUGGGCAACCGCUCUUCGAUGCCAACGGUCGGGUGCUGUUCAGUGACGUCUACGGACAGCCAAUAGGAACUCCGCAAACACAGGACACGGCCGAGCCAGCCACAGCAGACACGCCUGCACAGACGGAGGCUUUAACGCCCGAGCAAGUAGCCGCGCAAAUGCAAGCCGACGGGUGGGUGCCGAUCACCAAUCCGUUAACGCAGACACAGAUGUUCAAUGAGAAUCAAGAGCCGUUGUUCCUAUUCCUCGCGAAUAACACCAUUCACAGCGUCUCUGGCCAGGUCAUGUUCCCCGGGGUGCCGGUUUAUGAUGCCACGGGUUUGCCCAUACAGAACCUCGACUCCCUCGGCCAACCACAGGUGUCGCCUACCACAGGAGAGCCUGUGUAUGUGGACGCAUGGUUUACACCCAUAUUCAACCGCAGACGCCGGAGACGCCAGGCUCUUGAGGCUGGCCUGGCCAAUACAACGUCGGAUGAGUUUGAGUAUGUACUGACGACGUCCUAUGAUAUCCGCUACGAUGAGGCGAACCAGCAGGUGUUCUCGGGCGAAAGCACUGCCAGUACCAACGAGUUGGCUGAUCCACAGGCUCUCUUGUUUGAAGUCAACGUCAACAUUGAGCGAGACGACCUUGUGCGCUCAGUGGUGGUUAACAGUUUCAUCAUGGCACCGUUCACCAUCCCCACUGGCGCCACAGGAGAUGUGUUUGCCAGUGAGCUGGAGGACGACGCCCUGGUGACGCGGCCAUGGAGUGUAACUGAUGAAUGUAUCUUUAUGCCUAGCAAUGCCACGUGCAUUCAGUCCCUGACAUUCGAGCUGGUGGGGUGUGAUCUCACAGGUAUGGGAAAUUAA